UGGACCACACUGACUAGUUUGGCUCCGCCUCUUACUUUAUAUUUGAAUGGAAUUUUCCAGCAGUUCAAUCGGUUCGAUACCCUGACAGAAAAUAGGGUGUGUUCUUAGUGUGGUUCUGCUUCGUACAAUUAUAUUUUAUAGAUAAGUGUUAGGACUUUUGCUUCACAGCCAUUGCACAUUUUCCGUGUUUGAAAUCAGAAUGUCUCAGCAACAGAUCAGCCUCCCUGCCAAGCUUAUCAAUGGUGGCAUUGCUGGUAUUGUGGGAGUUACAUGUGUGUUCCCCAUUGACUUGGCCAAGACCAGGCUACAGAACCAAAGGAGCGGCCAGCAGAUAUAUAAGAACAUGAUGGACUGCCUUGUGAAAACGGUCCGAUCCGAAGGAUAUUUCGGAAUGUACAGAGGUGCUGCUGUCAACCUGACCUUGGUAACCCCUGAGAAGGCAAUCAAACUCGCAGCCAAUGACUUUUUCCGUCACCACCUUAGCAAACAUGGGAAGGGCUUGACAGUAUUCAAAGAAAUGCUGGCAGGGUGUGGUGCUGGCAUGUGCCAAGUCAUUAUCACCACACCUAUGGAAAUGCUCAAGAUUCAGCUCCAGGAUGCUGGGAGGCUAGCCGCUCAGCAGAGGGCACCAGCUGGGGUGCAGUCAAAGCUGUCUGGCACUAGUGCAAUGUUCAGUCGCCCUUAUACGGCUAGCCGGACCUUGCCUGUACAAACAGUGUCUGCCACAAGGAUUGCUCAGGAGUUACUGCACACACAGGGCCUGAGGGGCCUGUACAGGGGACUGGGUGCUACACUUAUGAGGGAUGUUCCGUUUUCUGUGGUCUAUUUCCCCUUGUUUGCCCACUUCAACCGACUUGGCCAGUCCUCCCCUUCAGAGAAUUCUCCUUUCUACUGGUCAUUUGUCUCCGGGUGUUUAGCCGGUUCUACAGCUGCUGUGGCUGUUAAUCCCUGUGAUGUGGUCAAGACAAGGCUACAAUCCCUGAACAAAGGUGCUAAUGAGGAAAGCUACCGUGGGGUGACGGACUGUAUAAGUAAGAUCCUGCGAAAGGAAGGUCCUUCUGCCUUCCUGAAGGGUGCUGGUUGCAGGGCUUUGGUCAUCGCCCCACUCUUUGGUAUUGUCCAGGUGAUGUACUUUGUGGGUGUGGGUGAGUUCAUCCUGGACUGCACACCCUUCAGCCUGUACUCUGCAUAGGCAAUGUUUCUCAAUUCUCACCUGGACACAAACCGUUAUCCAGCUGAAGGAGCUGAAGACAACUGUGACAGAUAUUAUCUGCGAAUAUCAUUACUUGACAAAAGUGAAACAUCUAGAUUUGUGGUUGUUGCAAGCCGUUCAGAGCAUAUUGGGUUGCUGGACUCAUGGGCACAUUAAACCAGCUUAUUUGAUAGGCGGUUUACAUCAAUGCACUUGACAGCAUGAACUAUGAGCCAGAGAAGAAGAAUUUUGUCUUCCCUGAUUUCAGCAAUGCCUUAAGUAUUUUUUUCCCUCAGUGAGGGAAGGAAGGCGUAACUGUGGCAUCACCAACCUCACUAAAAUGACUAUGGGCUGUCAUUUUCUUGUGGGUUAUCACUUUCGUAAUCGUUAUCACUUCUGAUGCAGAACAUACAACUCUGCCCUUCAGGGUGAAAUCAUAAAAGUAUUCAUUUUGUGCACCUAAAUCUACCUGUUAAAUUCUUAGACGUAAAGACCAAAUAGUAAAGAAUACUGUGAGCUGAACGUCGUAGUCAGUGUAUGCAAAAUGUCCUCAUUAACAAGCUGAGUCUUAACAUGCCUGUAAGACAGGGACCAAGAAGAUAGUAUGGCAGUAGAUUUAUAACUGACAUCGGGUAGAAUCUGAAUAUUUAUACCAAGAACUUUAUUUGUACUUGAGCAAUACUGCUACCAUACACUAUACCAUUUCAAGAUGCAGAAAUCUUGUAAUCAUUUGUGUGUGUAUUAGAUCACGUAAGUGGUCUUGUGUUGAGUGACUGGGUGGUGUGAAUUGAUUUGUGUAUGUACCAUUUUUAAGUGUAUGUUAAUUCUCGGUAUCAUUCUAACCAUUCUGGUUUGCUAAUCCCUGCACUGCAAUAUGAACUUCAUAUUUGUGCAUUGGUAUUGCAUUAAAACUACAAUGUAUUUUUGACAAAUGUGCAACUCAGUAUGAUGUAUAUCUAAUGUUUUUGUGAUUAAAACAAAAUAUUUAAUAAAAUGGGCUUUUGAGGAAA